UUUCAAUAUUCUAACUGAUUCUUAUAUGAAUAAAAUCCAAAUUAUUUUAAAUAAGAUAACGAAUAUGCAUUAUCCAAUACCAAUCCAACUCGUUGCCAUCUCUAAUAGUCGUGACAUGCUGAUCAUGAAUACUACUUUCGAUCCACUUUCAUUCUGGACUAGUUUUGAGGUGAUUUGCUUUAAUAUCUACCAUAUACGUGAUCUUAUGGCAUUCUACUUAACGUUUAGUCAAGAUUUGGUAAUCAAGGCUAUCAAUAUACAAUCAUGGAGAGGCAGGGUCCGGGCCCGGGCCCAGGCCUAGGCCCAUUGGACCGGACCAUGAAUGUUAACGUGCCAUGACAGCUUCUUCUCAUCACUUUGAAGGAGCCGUUAAAGUGGCGCCAUAAUCACCAAACCCAGAAAAGGGGAAUCCUUCACACCUUCUGUACACUGCAAUUAUCCCUCUAAAACUUGCUCCAUCAAUAGAAGAAAAGUCAAUUAGAUUGAUUAGUCCAUUCAAUGCACCAUGGCAGAUUGCCUUGGGUUUCUGAAAACUGCAAUUUCUUAAACAAAAAGAGUCAAACAAAUUCCAACCAUCCCAUGUGCCUCACCUUCUUGCUCUGCAAGAACUCGAGGAGAUCCGCCAUUAAUGGCGGACCAAAGCAAGCAAGAAGAAGAAGAAGAAAAAGGGACAAAAGAGACGCAAAGUGAACCUUUGACAAAUACCCCAUUCUUCCCCCCACCCUCAAUUAAUCCCUGGGUGCAAAAAUCAUUCAUUCUCCAUACCAAAGCCAUGGGCUUGAAGCACCAUAGCUCGAGACCCACUUACGUUUCAUCAUCUCCUCGCCACAAUCGAAUCCCCAUGAAAUUCUCCAAAUUCAUCACCUGGGCAGCCAUUUUCUUCACUUCCCUCUUCCUAUUCCUCUCCCCACUUACCCAAUUCCACUCCCCCUCCUCCUCCUUUUCUUCCCUCCCCUCCGCCGCAAAACCCUUCUCCGGCGACCUCCGCGACGCAAACUUCCCCUGGAACAAGCUCUGUUUCGGCCCCACCACCACAUCAGACAAGCUCAAGCUCGCCGUCUUCUCCAAAACCUGGCCGAUCGGCGCCAACCCGGGCGGAAUGGAGCGCCACGCCGCCACCCUCUACCGCGCCCUCGCCGACAAGGGCCACGAGAUCCACGUCUUCACCGUCCCCUCCGACCGCCGGCCACACCCUGAAAUCCACGACAACAACCUCCACGUCUACUUCGCCGCCAACGACCACGGAUCCGUCAACUGCUCCCUCGCCUUCGAGAUCUUCCACAAAAUCAACGCCGCCGCUCGCCCCUUCGACUACGUGCACACGGAGAGCGUCUCGCUGCCGCACUGGCGGGCCAAGGCGGUGCCCAACACGGCCGUGACGUGGCACGGGAUCUGGUACGAGAUCAUGCACUCCAAGCUGUUCGAGGAGCUGUUUGAGAAUCCAAGAGGGGAAUUGGCGGGGGCGACUCCGGCAGCGGCGGAGCUUGCUGUGGCCAUGCCGAAGCUUCUGGACGAGAUCAGGUUUUUCAGGAGCUACAAGCAGCACAUCUGUAUCAGUAAUAGCGCCGGCGAGGUGCUGGUGAAGAUUUACCAGCUACCGCAGAGGAAUGUCCAUGUGAUUCUCAAUGGUGUUGAUGAUUCCAAAUUUACUUACAAUCCUGAUGCAGGGGAGGAAUUCAGGGAGAAAUACGGCAUUCCAGGCAACGCGACUCUGGUAAUGGGAGUGGCAGGCCGGCUGGUUCGUGACAAAGGCCACCCGAUCCUCCACGAGGCGAUGUCGUCGCUGAUCUCGAGGUACCCCGGAAUCUGCCUGGUGGUGGCCGGAUCAGGCCCCUGGGGAAGAAGGUACGCCGAGCUGGGUCCAAACGUGAAAGUGCUAGGCGCACUGGAACCAUCUCAGCUGUCACAGUUCUACAACGCGAUCGACGUGUUCGUGAACCCUACGAUGAGACCGCAGGGGCUGGACCUGACUCUGAUCGAAGCAAUGCACUGCGGGAAGCCCGUUGUGACGCCCAAUUACCCCAGCAUUACGGGCACGGUGGUGGUGGACGACCGGUUCGGGUACACGUUCUCGCCGAACGUCAAGUCGCUGGUCGAAGCUCUUGAGGUGGUGAUUGGAGACGGGGUUCGUGUGUUGCAGAGGAAGGGGAUGGCGUGCAGGGAUUAUGCAGGGUCGAUGUUUACUGCGGAGAAGAUGGCGGCUGCUUACGAGAGGUUUUUUCUGUGUAUGAAGAACAGUAGAUACUGUCAAUACCCUCUUCCUACUGACUGUUGAUAGGAGAAAAGAAAACCCAUCAAAGAUGUUAUAUAUGACUCACUGGUUGCAUUCUUUGUAGGAAGGUUCUGAUUAAUUCAGGUUUGCUUUCUCUCCCUGGAUUGUGAUGUCUUGAUUUGAUCAUGGUUUCAUCAUCACGAUGCAGGUUUUCAACUGAUCAUACAGAACAAUUGUUGGAAGACUAUACUAGCAUGAUUAAAGUAGUGAUUAAGUCUUAAUCAUUCACAGGGAAAUAUGAUUACGUGGUCUUAAUCACGCGUUACCAUUUGACAUGUGCACUGGGGAGGUAAUCAAGGGGUGGUUAAUUAAUGGGUCAUUGAACCUUAAGGUAAUCUCGAUUCAAAUGGAGUCGAGUACUGAAUUUGAUUUGAGCAUGAGUUUAAGGGUCGUCCACAUCGCUUAUUACGUGUUUAUAGCAAUUAUUAUCAACAAUUCCAUUAAAUCAAUAGAUACUAUUGAUUGUUAGUUACUCCAAACACAUUUUUUUACAUACUACCGAAGAGGAAUUGUCGAGGAGGACUAAUUCAUCCUAUGAAUUAUGAUAACCUCCAGAUUAACAAUCAACAAUCACCCCAAACAUUAGUAACAUGAUCCACCCAGUAAUUAAGUCAAGUCUUGUAAAAUUUUCCUGAAAUCAUGCAACACAAAAUGAACGGAAAAUUCAAAA